CAAAAAUAGCCGGUGCGCGGCAGUCAGUGCGGCGAUGUCGACGGCGAACGACGGUUCGGCGGUGCGGUUCGGCCGAUGGUGGUGGUGCUGGCGUAGAAGAAGGCGGAGUACUACUACCCGCGGCCCUACGAUGCCGACGACCUGGGAAUACCCGAGGACGAUCGUCCUGCUGACCGUGUUGGCGUUGGUAUCGGCCCUCCUGGGUCACGCCGACGCCGCCGCGAGGACGAAAGCCGAGGAGUCGGCCUCGCCCCGCGGCUCGGCCGGCAAGCAGAAGGAGGCCGAGCCGGUGAUCGAGGAAGUCACCUCUAAGCAGCUCGAGCGGCUCCUCAACGAGAAGGACUUUGUCGCUGUGUACUGGUAUGCACGAAGUUGUACCACAUGUGACAAAGUUUUGGCCGAAUUGGAGAAAAUCGACGAUGAUACGGACCACUUUGGAGUCGACUUUGUCAAAAUCAAUGAUAAACGACUUGCAAAGCAAUAUGGCAUCAAGAGCUUUCCAGCCCUUACGUACUUCCGCGAAAAAGAACCAAUUAUAUACGACGGUGAUUUGAUGGACGAGGAAAAUGUACUGGAUUUCCUGACGAGCUUAGAAGCGAUGGAUCGGCCGGACCGUAUCGAGGAAGUUAACGCAAAAAUUCUGGGAAAAAUCGUUGAGGAUACCGAUUUUGUAGCGGUUCUUUUCUGUCCGGACACGCAGCGCUGCACAGGCGCCGGUUCUAACAAACCAGACUGCAAAAAGUGUCUGAAGGCCCUGCAGGAACUGGAGAACAUCGACGACGAGGCUGAUCAGUUAGGCAUCGGCUUCGUGAAGAUCGCGGACGAGGAGCUCGCGGACGAGUAUAAUCUCGGCCCUCUUCCGGUUCUUGUGUACUACAGGCAUCAGAUUCCAAUAAUUUACGAAAAUGAACUGAGUAGAGAAGAGGAUGUGCUGGAGUGGCUAGUGGCGAACAAGAGCACAGGAGAUGAAGAGGACGUCAUCGAGGAUGUCUCCUCUAAGACUUUGAACACGCUGAUUGGAAACAUCGACAAUCUAGUCGUUCUGUUCUACGAUCACGGCGACGAGGAGUCUAUGCAGAUUUUGAACGAGCUGGAGAAGAUUGACGACGACUGCGACAGGCAUGGCAUCCAGUUCGUGAAGAUCGACGACGACAAGGCGACGGAGGAAUUCGGGAUCGACGAUUUGCCCGCGAUCGUCUACUUCGAGAAACAGAUCCCGAACAUUUACGACGGAGAUCUGGAGAACGAGGAGGAGAUCCUGGAAUGGUUGCUGUCGCAACUGGAGAAGGACGAGAUCGAAGACGUCACCGACGAGAUGCUGGACCAUCUCAUCAAGGAAGGGAAAACCCUGGCCGUGCUGUUCUACGACAACAAUGACCGAAAGUCGCAAAGGGUUCUCAAUGAAUUGGAGAACAUCGACGACGAGUGCGACCAGCUCGGCGUGACGUUCGUGAAGAUCGACAACAUGGACGAGGCCAAGGAAUAUGGCAUCGACAAGGUGCCUACGAUGAUCUACUUCGAGCAAGGUAUCCCGAUGGUAUACCAAGGCAAUCUCGAGGAUGAAGACAAGGUGCUCAAGUGGUUGGAGCAACAGCAGAAGGCCGAUCAGAUCGAGGACGUCACCGACGAGAUGCUGGACAUGGUUAUUGAGAAGAUGCAACACGUAGCCGUCCUCUUCUAUGACAAGGAUCAAAAGAAGAGUCAGAAGGUGCUAACCGAGCUGGAGAACAUCGACGACGACUGCGACGACCACAAUAUCGCUUUCGUAAAGAUCAACGAUUUGGAAGAGGCGAAAGAAUACGGUAUAGAAUCGCUUCCCACGCUGGUCUUCUUCGAACGGAGAAUACCACACGUUUACGACGGUGAUCUCAUGAACGAGGAUCAAUUGCUGGGCUGGCUGCUGCACCAGAAGAAGCAUGUCGAGAUCCCGGAAAUAACAGACGAGAUGCUGGAAAAGAUCGUGGAGACCUCGCCAUUUGUAGCAGUCCUGUUUUACGACAAAGAUGACAAGCAAAACAUGCGGAUACUGAACGAGCUGGAGAACAUCGACGACGAGCUGGAGAAGGAGGGCAUCGUGAUCGCACGUAUAGACAACGACGCCGAGGCGAAGGAAUACGGUAUCGAUCAUCUGCCGACCUUGAUAUACAUCGAGGACAAAAUCCCGGCGCUCUACGAGGGCGACUUGCUGAACGAGGAUGAGGUCCUUGAGUGGCUGAUAGAGCAGAAGAACACCGCCACCAUCGAGGAAGUCACGGAUGAAAUUUUGAUGGACCUCAUAGACGACCACGAAUACGUCGUGGUGUAUUUUAGUGGAAGCUGCGACGAAAGUGAGGAAUGCGACAAUAUUCUCGACGAGCUGGAGAAUAUAGAUGACGAGCUCGACGAGACAGGCAUCAUAUUCGUCACCACCGAGGACACCAUCGUCGCGAAGAAAUACGGUAUCAAGCAUUUUCCAACCCUCGCGUUUUUCCGCAACAAAGACCCGCUGAUCUAUACCGGCGAUCUUGACGACGAGGACGAGGUGCUGUCUUGGAUCACGGACGAGGAUACUCUGGAGAUACCGGGGAAGAUCGAGGAGGUGAACGCUAGGAUGCUGGAGAACAUCCUCGACGAGAACGACUACGUCGUGGUCUUUUUCUACAAAGAAGGCGACAAAAAGAGCCAGAAGAUCCUGCAGGAGCUCGAGAACAUCGACGACGAGUGCGAAGAAAAGGAGAUCGACUUCGUGAAGAUCUCCGACGAGGGUAUCGAGAAAGAGUACGAUCUGGCGGGGCUGCCGGCGUUGGCCUUCUAUCGACACAAGUUCCGGCAGAUUUAUGGAGGUGAUAUGAUGCACGAGGAGAAGAUCUUGGAAUGGGUCCUCGACCUUCGAACGACCACGCCGGACGUUAUCGAGAGCGUCGACAGAAAAACACUGCAAGUGCUCAUCAAUGACGCCGAACACCUCGCCGUAUUCUUCUACGACGACAAGUGCAAAUCCUGCCCGGAGAUCCUCGAGGAGUUAGAGACGAUUGACGACGAUUGCGACAAGCAUGGUAUCCAGUUCGUCAAAUCGAACGAUGCCAAACUCGCGGCCGAGAUCGGCGUCUUCUCCUUCCCGGCUCUCGUUUACUACGAGACCGGAGUGCCCAUCAUGUACGACGGUAAUCUCCUCGACGAGAUGGAAGUACUUGAAUGGAUGGUGAAACAGAAGACUGACGAGAGCAUCGAGGAGAUCGAUCGUGAGACUCUCGUCAAGUACAUCGAGACGAAAGAAUUUCUCGCUGUCAUAUUCUACAAAGAGGAAGAUCCGGAAAGUCCCAGAGUGCUUAGACAUAUCGAGCUGAUCGACGACGAGGCGGCGGAGUACGGAAUAAAGAUCGUCAGGAUGAAAGAUCGGCUGAUGGCAAAGAAGUACGGCUUCCGGAAUCCACCCGGCAUCACUUACUUCCGCAAGGGUAAGAGUAUCAACUACGACGGUGACAUCGACGACGAGGAGGAGAUUCUUGACUGGCUGACCAAUCCCGAGAACAUGGAGCUGACCGACCACAUAGAACGUAUCAACAAAAAGAUGUUUCAAAAAGUCCGGCAAACCACGGAUUACUUAGCCGUGUUCUUCUACAGCAACGACUGCAAACAAUGCGGCCGGGUAUUGGCAGAGAUCGAGCACAUCGACGACGAUGCCGACGGCGUCGGCAUCAAAUUCGUGAAGAUCGAUGACAAACAAUUAGCCAAGUAUUACGGCGUCUUCGCGUUACCAGCUAUACUGUUCUUCAAGAUGGGAUCGAAGGAGCCGGUUAUAUACGCAGGUGACUUGUAUGACGAGGAGCAGAUCUUGCAAUGGUUGAUGACGCAGAAGGAUCCCUCGGGCGAGGUGAUCGAAGCCCUGGAAGGCGAGGAUCUACUAAACCUAAUACGAGAAUCGGAAUCCUUAGCUGUGUACUUCUGGAACAGAACACUUUGCGACAUGUGCCAAUCAAAAGCGUACCGCAAGCAGAUGCGCCACAAGCAGGAGCACAGAAAUGCGGAACACGCGGAACAUGCAGCUGAGGACACCGAUGGUACAGCAGAUCCAAAUCCCGACGAAUGCGCGCAAUGCGUGGGAAUACUCGAGGAACUGGAAAACAUCGACGACGACUGCGACCGUCAUGGCAUUACGUUCGUGAAGACGCAAGACUACAAAGUAGCCGAGGACUAUGGGGUGACCGAUCUCCCAGUGCUAGUCUACUUCGAGAAACAAGUACCGAAUGUGUUCGCAGGUGAUCUCUCUGUGGAAGAGGAGGUAUUGCAGUGGCUGAUAACCCAGAAAACAGAAGAUCGGAUCGAAUUAAUCACGAGAGUGAUGCUGGAAACAUCCGUUGAGGAGACUCAGUACUUAGCAGUUUACUUCAAUAAACAAAACUGUCAUAUAUGCGACGAGAUCUUGGAGGGGCUGGAGAAAAUCGACGACGAAUGCGAUGUGUUCGGGAUUCACAUGGUGAAGAUUCAAGAUCCACAACUGGCGAAACGGUAUUCCAUCAAGACGUUCCCGGCGCUCGUUUAUUUCCGCAACGGCAACCCUCUUCUCUUCGAAGGGGAUCUCCAAAACGAAGAGUCUGUCCUCGAAUGGCUGAUCGACGACGACAAUCGCGAGCUCGCCGAUGAAAUAGAAGCCGUCAACGACAGGAUGUUGGAGAGACUACUCGACGAGUCUCCUUUCCUAGCUGUUUUUUUCUACGAUGAAGAUUGCCCGGAAUGUAGCGAGAUCAUGGAAGCAUUGGAAAAGAUCGACGGCGAGGCUGAUCUCUUCGGUAUCGACUUCGUUAAGAUCUCUAGCCCAGAGGCAGCCGAGAAGUACAGCAUCCUCAACGUACCAUCCCUCGUGUACUUCCGGAAGAGAACGCCGCUCGUAUACGAUGGCGAUCUCAUGCAGGAGGAUAAGAUCCUGCAAUGGCUUACCUCACAGGAUGUGUUCGAGAUCAAGAACGAGAUCGAGGAAGUCAAUAAAAAGAUGCUAGACAAGCUAUUGGACGAGAACGAAUUCCUCGCGGUUUUCUUCUACGAACAUAACGAUCCAAACAGCGAGGAAGUGAAUGCGAAAUUGGAGGAGAUCGACAGUGAGACCGAUAAUUUGGACAUCACGUUCGUCAAAAUGGCAGAUCCCAGAUACGCCAGAAAGUGGGGAGUCACCAAGCUGCCCGCUGUUGUCUACUUUCGCAAACGAUUCCCGAGCAUCUACAGAGGUGAUAUGCACAGUGAACAGGAUGUUCUCGAGUGGUUACGCAAGAACCGAUACCGGCAGCCGGAGCUAAACAUCUACAUGUACAUGCUGAUCGCCAUAACUAUCCUCUUCCUCAUGUACACCGGCUUCCUCCUGUCGUGCUUCCGCACGGAGCCGGCCGCAGCCGUCGCGCAUCCCAAGCAGGCGUGAACGCAUAUCAGACACGGAGAAAAGUGACGAGAGAAAGUAAAAAGACAGGACUCGUGAAUUCUCGCGCGUGUGCGUUGCUCGAUACUUCAUUGAUACUCCGAUUCCCGAACGAUUAGCGGAUCAGGUUCGUCUGGAACGAACGACUUGUACGGCGCGCUCUCUGCCAUUGCGAUAAGAAUGACGUAACGAUGACUACUACUACUGCUACUACUACUAUUACUACUACUACUAUUACUACUACUACUACUACUACUACUACUACUACUACUACUACUUCUACUAGAACGAAAAAUAGGGAGCGAGCGAACAAGCAAUCUGCCUGCUUGCCUGCCUGCCUGCAAAACGCGCCCGGACCGCUGUCAAACGCUAGGAUGUACGCUGCGCGAAAGAGAGGAAGAGAAUGCGCACAAACACUCGUCUUUCGAUACCUCGAGGCUGGAAAGCUGAGACUGACACGCGCGUUUGCAGCACGAGAAUUCUUCAGAAUUUCGUCCUUCAAGUAUCGUGAGAAACGAGAUAUGAGCCGAAAAAAGGGAAAAAAGACGCAGCUUUUUGGAAAUCAAUCACGAUCGGUAACGCUAUAACAGUUUUUGUCUUGCAGAACGCGAGCGUCGAAUAAUAUUAACGAUGACGUUUUGUUAGAAACUUUGGGUCUAUUUAUACUUUGGUACCGUCUUUUUAAACGACGUUAACGCUUAGCGUUAAUAUACAGGGUGUAUCUCCCAGUUCUCGUGACUUUAAUUUAUAUUGACAGGUUCUCUGAACAAUUUAAAAUUAAAUUUUCUUUAGACGAAAACGUCAAGACAUCAAUAAUUCCUGAGAUACGAGUAAUCGAAAAAGCGGGUCUUUUCGCAAUCGAAACUUCGAACAACCAAAUGCCCAAUAAGCAAAAUAUUAGCAGUAUGUCAGCAGAUUAGCAGUAAAUUCGAUCAAAAUUCCACCAUAAAACUAGAGUUAUUUGUGUAAAUUCGUGUUCUAGCGACAUAAUUGUCUGCUGAUACAAUUUGACAAUAGAUUAGCAACAGAAACCUGCUACCAAAUUACGCGCAGCAAGAUCUGCUCAGUUUCUGCCAUCAAUCUGCCGUUAGACUGCCAAGGUUUGCUUGGUUCCUGCCGUCAAUCUGCUGGCAUAGCAUAUCGGCAAACUCUUUCAGAUUUCUCUGGCAGUUUGGCAACACCGUCAAAGAUAGUGUGAUACAGAUUCUGUGUGAAAUUUGUAGCCUUUCUAAUAUCAAAAAUUUAUAGCAGACUGCUUAGAAUCUGCCUAUGCAGGUUUGACUUUCUAGGUGAAUAACCAAAUUAUUUCCCUCAGUCAAUUUCAAGUAAACUUUAACAAAAUUUUACUUCGAGUCUUUAUUAGAAAGAGAUAUCUUUAAAUAUUAUAUUUAUAAGCAAUGUCCAAAACAGAUAUUAUUACAGUUUCAUAUUUUAAUUACUUUUUAUUGUGUGCUUUAAUUUACAAUAUUCUAUAUAGUUUACAUUGUCUACAUUAAAAGAAUUUAUAUAUCACGUAGACAAGAAAUAUUACGUAGACAAAAAAAUAUGUAAACAAUCCGGUAUAUAGACGUAAUCUUGAAAUUAUAUUAAAAAUUUAAAUUUACCAUGAAUAUAUAUAUAAUAAACUCCCUCGUUUUUUGCCAAGGAAAAUUUAAAGCUCUUGGUCCCUUAUUGUAGUCAUUUUAUCAGAAGCAAAAAAUACAUGUUAAAAAUUCUUGCAAAAUGCAUUAAAAUAAAAUGAUAUGUUUACAAAAUAAUAUUUACAAUCGAUCGAGCAGAUCCCUAAAAUAGCUCGAACACUUUCCUUUUACUCUAAUAAUCAAUAAAUAAAUGUGACAAAAUCAUGAGAGAAGAUAGGUUAAAAAGGAAUGUUGCAUAUCGCAUUGAUUUUGCAAUUAUUUAUUGAUUAUUCGAACAAAAGGAAAGCAUUCGGGCAAUUUUACAAGUCUGCUUAGUUAAUUACAAAUUGACCUCGCUUCUAUAUAAUAUCUAUUUGACGGAUACAUUUUUUUAUUUGAAUGUAUUUUUUCCAAGAAUUUUUACCUUAAUUCUAAGUUGCUUAAAAAACCUGUCAAUAUAAAUUCAUGUCGCGAAAACUAGGACAGCCUAUAUAUUACGUCGAUAUCGACAAAUAUUUUCCCGCCGCGAUCUACCUAAUUUUCCUCCAAUAAUCAUUGAUCAUAUAUUCUCUAUAGAUUUCUAUCGAUUGCUGUUGUCUCGUUAGUAGAAUUAUUAUCACGUAUAUUAUCACAUUUCAUUUAUAUAAUCAUUAUUAUUACUACACACAUAUACAGACACACAACACGCACACAUAUAACACACAGAGAUACACUGUCUAUCUGAUACCCUUAUAGAAAUAUCAUACUAAGAAUCAUUGAUAAUUACUUAUUAUCCAGUAUUUUUAAUACUGAAAAUAAGUAAUUAUCAAUGAUUCUUAGUAUGAUAUUUCUAUAAGGGUAGUUAUCGCUAUUGUUAUUACUACUUUUAUUACUACAAUUAUUACUGUUAUAUGAUUAUGAUUAUUAUUAGUAUUUUACACACAUACACACACACACACACUACUAUUUUAUUAUUAUCGUUAUUGUUAUUAUUAUUGCUAUUAUUAAUGUCGUUAGCGUGGCUCACUAGUAGUCUGACAGCGGUCUACAAUCGUGUAUACUCUGUUAGUUUAUGCACGAUAGCUGCUAGAAGCGCGAGUUCGUAAAUGAUGAGUUAUCGUUGAUUUCUGACGAUACCGGAAGUAUAGUUUGCGACGAGUUCCAAAACGACGAUACAUGAGAAAAGAACUCGUCUACUCAUCUUACGAGAGGACUGACGGUGUCAUUGUUACCAUAAUGAAUAAAGAACGCACACCCUUGGACCAACCCGAAACCGUUAAAAUGCCAUCUUCAUCUGCCAAGUGUAAAUAGGAUUAUAAACAGACGCGAAUAACGUUGUAUUAUUAUGAAAAAAACAGCGGUUUUUCUCUCUCUUGUAUUUAUGUUUUCUGUUCGCAGAAUUAUACAUAGAUAACAUGUAACGUUACACGUAUAUGUAUUAUAAUUGUUUUUUUGAAUACUUUUCUGAUUCUGCGAUGGGGAUUCGUAUAGAAGUACUUCACGCGUGCAUGAGCUAUACCUUUGAAAGUACACACAAGUCCGACUUCCGAAAUAUAUUUGGAAUUCUCACGUCGUA